AGAUUUUGCUCUUCUGAUUCCACUCCUCCCUCCAACCAGUGCUGGGAUUGCCUCCCACUCCUAUCAUUGGGGGCUGCUCUGGAGCAGAUGGGUGUGUUUGCUGUCUUGGACUGGGCCCAGUGAGGGCGAGCAGUUAUUUGAAACCCUCCUCCACUUUGGUCUGCUGUAGAGUGGCAGCCGUCUGACCAGAGGAAACACCUCGCACAAGAGAUUUCCCGUCGUCUUUACUGUUCCUUGUUGCGGGCAUUCCUGAAAGUUAAUCAGGGUGAAAAUUGCAGUCAGUCAUGUCUGGAAGCCACCAGAGGCUAAUCCCGGAGCGCUGCAGAUUCGAGCACAUGGCGAUGAUGAUGCCGUCACCUGGACAGACCCUGACCACUGGAGGCCUGAGGACAUAGCUGCAGCUGCUGCCUGGGAUCCGGAAGGCGUGGAGGCAGGGAAGAGCCUAGAACUUUGAGGUGGGCUGUGAACUCUAAGAUGUCCUUGAGCAGCGGAGCUUCCGGAGGGAAAGGAGUGGACGCAAACCCUGUUGAGACGUACGACAGUGGGGAUGAGUGGGACAUUGGAGUAGGGAACCUCAUCAUUGACCUGGACGCUGACUUGGAGAAGGACCAGCAGAAACUGGAAAUGUCAGGCUCCAAAGAGGUGGGGCUGCCGGCGCCCAACGCUGUGGCCACACUGCCUGAUAACAUCAAGUUUGUGACUCCGGUGCCGGGCCCUCAGGGCAAGGAGGGCAAGUCCAAAUCCAAGAGGAGCAAGAGUGGCAAGGACAGUGGCAAGCCGGCCCAAGGAACCUCUCUGUUCACUCCCAGCGAUGGGGCCAGCGGCAAGAAGGAGGUUCAGGGACGCUCUGGGGAUGGCGCCAGUUCGGGCGGCUUGGUGGCUGCUGUCAUCCCAAAGGGCACUGAGAAGUCGGCCAAGGCAUCUCGCAGUGUGGCCAGCUCCAAAAAGGAGAAGGAGGGCAGCUCAUCCAAGAGCAAGAAGGAAAGGAGUGAGGGUGUGGGGGCUCCAUCAGAGAAGGAGCCCAGCGUGCUCCAGCCUCUCGCCCUUGCUGUGAGGGUGGGACAGUACGAUGCAGGCCAAGGGCCAGAACCUGCUGCAGCCGAGCAGCUCGGGAGUAUAGCUAUCGACACGGGAGCUGCGCUCAAUCCUUUGGGAGUUAAAUCGGAGAUGGAGGAUGGGGAAAGUGAGUGCCGGCAGCCAAAAAAGGUCAAAGCAGAGAAGAUGGAGUCUCCAGUCUCCACGCCUGCAGUAUUGCCCUUGCAUCUCCUGGUCCCCGUUGUCAAUAAUGACAUCUCAUCACCAUGCGAGCAGAUCAUGGUACGCACUCGCUCUGUGGGGGUGAACACCUGCGAUGUGGCAUUGGCUACCGAGCCGGAGUGUCUGGGCCCUUGUGAACCCGGCACCAGCGUCAACCUGGAGGGCAUCGUCUGGCAGGAGACGGAAGAUGGUAUGUUGGUGGUUAACGUGACCUGGAGGAACAAGACAUAUGUGGGUACGCUGCUGGAUUGCACGCAGCACGACUGGGCGCCCCCCAGGUUCUGCGACUCUCCCACCAGUGACCUGGAGAUGCGGAACGGCCGGGGCAGAGGCAAGCGCAUGCGCCCGAACAGCAACACGCCGGUGAACGAGACGGCCACUGCCUCGGACAGCAAAGGGACCAGCAACAGUAGCAAGACACGGGCGGGGGCCAGCAGCAAAGGGCGCCGAGGGAGCCAGACCUCCUCGGAUCACCGCCCCCCACCCGGUGGCACUGCCGAGGAUGUGAAAGCCAGCCCCUCGUCGGUGACCAAGCGGAAAAGCAAGCCCCUUUCCGACAUGGAGCUCAACUCAAGCUCGGAGGACUCCAAGGGCAGCAAGCGCAUCCGCACCAACUCGAUGGGCUCGGCGGCCGCGCCCCCAGCCGGGGUCAAGGUAGAGCCUGUGGGCCUGGACAGGAACUGCCCCUCCCCCAUCCUCAUUGACUGCCCUCACCCCAAUUGUAACAAGAAGUACAAGCACAUUAACGGGCUGAAGUAUCACCAGGCCCACGCACACACGGACGACGACAGCAAGCCGGAGGCGGACGGGGACAGCGAGUGCGGCGAGGAGCCGCCCCUUCACACCGACGUCAGCAGCUGCAACGGCUCUCAAAAGGGCUCCCUCUCGCCGGCCCGAUCGGCCACGCCCAAGGUGCGGCUGCUGGAGCCCCACAGCCCCUCCCCGUCCAGCAAGUUCAGCACCAAGGCCCCCUGCAAGAAGAAGCUGGGCGGAGAAGGUGACGUGGACCCCGGAGCCCUGUCCAACGACGGCUCCGAAGAUGGCCCCUCGAUGGCGGACGAGACAAGCAACGAUGGCUUUGAGUCGCUAGAGAAGAGAUGCCUUGACAAGGAGAAGUGCAAGAAGCCAGCUGGUGCUAAGCCAGACAAGCUCCCUUCCAAAAGCUUAAAGUCCGCCAGACCCAUUGCUCCUGCUAUUCCCCCACAGCAGAUCUACACCUUCCAGACGGCCACCUUCACCGCAGCCAGCCCCGGCUCUUCUGCCGCUUUGACUGCCACCGUAGUCCAGGCCAUGCCCAGCAGCCCCCAGCUCAAGCCCAUCCAGCCAAAGCCCACGGUCAUGGGGGAGCCCUUCACGGUCAACCCCGCCCUGACCCCUUCCAAGGACAAGAAGAAGAAGGACAAGAAGAAGAAGGAGUCCAAAGAGGUCGAAAACCCCCUGACUCCUGGAAAAGUCUGCCGAGUGGAGGAGGGCAAAAGUCCCUUCCGAGGGGAAUCUGGGGAGCUCGGGACCAAAGGGGAGGGCCUCCUGAAUGGUUCGUCUGACCCGCACCAGAGCCGGCUCGCCAGCAUCAAGGCUGAGGCAGAUAAGAUCUACAGUUUCACGGACAACGCGCCGAGCCCGUCCAUUGGGGGCGCCAGCAGGCUGGAGAAUGCUGCUGCCGCUGCCCCAGCUCAGCCCAUGACCCCGCUGCACGUGGUUACCCAGAACGGGGCGGAGGCGGGCUCAGUGAAAACCAACAGCCCGGCCUAUUCGGACAUCUCGGAUGCGGGGGAGGAUGGGGAGGGCAAGCUAGAGAGCAUGAAAGCCAAGGACCCUGAGCAGCUGGGCAAGGAAGGUGCAAAGAAGGCGCUUUUCCCUCCCCAGGCACAGAGCAAGGACUCCCCCUACUACCAAGGCUUUGAAGCGUACUAUUCCCCGGGCUACCCCCAGUCGAGCCCUGGGCCCAUGAACCCCAGCAGCCAAGCUGCCGUGGAGAGCCAGCCCUUGAAGAUGAAGAAGGACGAGGAGCAAGAGAGCCCGGAGGUGAAGGUGAAGAGCGAAGGCUGCGAGGAGAAGAAGGUGGAGCUCAGCAGCUCCAGCCAGCAGCCCUCGGUCAUCCAGCAGCGCCCCAACAUGUACAUGCAGUCCCUCUACUACAACCAGUACGCCUACGUGCCCCCCUACGGCUACAGCGAGCAAGGCUACCAUGCCCACCUGCUGAGCACCAGCCCGGCCUACCGGCAACAGUACGAGGAGCAGCAGAAGCAAAGGCAGAGCCUGGAGCAGCAGCAGCCCCGCGGGCUGGAGAAGAAAGCAGAGCUGGGCCUGAAGGAGAGGGAGGCAGCCCUCAAGGAGGACUGGAAGCAGAAGCCGUCCGUCCCUCCCACGCUCACAAAAGCCCCUAGCCUUACGGACCUGGUGAAAUCGGGGCUAAGCAAGGCCAAGGAGCCGGGGGCUGCUGACAUGGCCAAGUCAGUGAUCAUCCCCAAGCUGGAGGACUCCUCCAAGGUUCCCAGCCAGGUGGCCGAGGGACUCAAGGUGAAGCUGGCCGAGGCCAGUCACCUGGGGAAGGAGACGGCGGAGUCGAAAGCGGGCGCGGAGUGCGGCAGGCAGGCAGAGGUGGACCCCGUCCUGUGGUACAGACAGGAAGCGGAGCCCAGGAUGUGGACCUAUGUUUAUCCUGCCAAGUACUCGGAGCUCAAGAGCGAGGACGAGAGGUGGAAAGAGGAGAGGGACAGGAAGUUGAAGGAAGAAAGGAGCCGAAGCAAAGAGGCCGGCCCUAAGGAGGAUGGGAAGGAGAGCACAAGCUCUGAAUGCAAACUGACGUCCCCCGAGGAGUCCCGCAUGGUGGGGAAAGACCCCAGACCCAGCGUCCACGUCCCCGUGUCUUCGCCCCUCACCCAGCAUCAGUCCUACAUCCCCUACAUGCACGGCUACUCCUACAGCCAGUCGUACGACCCCAACCACCCCAGCUACCGGGGCAUGCCAACCGUCAUGAUGCAGAACUACCCAGGAUCCUACCUGCCCUCCAGCUAUUCCUUCUCCCCAUAUGGCAGCAAGGCCUCUGGGAGUGAGGACGGUGACAAGGCGCGAGCCAGCCCCAGCGUGAGCUGCAAACCCAGCUCAGAGUCCAAGGCCCUGGACAUCCUGCAGCAGCAUGCCAGCCACUACAAGAGCAAGUCUCCCACGAUCAGCGAGAAGGCGUCUCAAGAGAGGGAGCGUGGCGGCUGUGGGGUGGUAGCGGGGGGUGGAGGCUGCAGCAGCGUUGGGGGAGCAGCGGGCGGAGAGAGGAGCGUAGAUCGGCCCCGGACCUCCCCUUCCCAACGCCUGAUGUCAACACACCACCACCACCACCACCUGGGGUACUCUCUGCUGCCAGCCCAGUACAACCUGCCCUAUGCAACAGGUCUCUCUUCGACAGCCAUCGUGGCCAGCCAGCAGGGCUCCGCUCCCUCCUUGUACCCGCCUCCCAGGAGGACGCGCUGUGAUUGGAUAAAGGGGUCUGUACCAAGUCAUGUGACUGGCUCACAUGAGGAAGCGCUGGAAAUUCCAUUAGACAUCAGUUGAAUGGUGUUAAUUGUUCUGUUUGACGUUCCUGCCCUAAUCUGAGGCAGACUUUCCUCUUCCCGAUGGGACACGCGGGUCCCCGCCCCCUCCACGCCCCUUUCCUUGUGAGCCGGGGAGCUGGAACCUACAGGAAUAUUUAUUCUACUGCCCACCGUCCCUGGGAAGGGAAGCGACCUGCCUGCCUGGUGCAUAUGAAGAGGCAAUGGAAGCACCGAGGGUUUCCGGUGGAUUUGAUUCAGUGUCCCUCUGGAGGUCACUGCUUCGCCAGGGUCUGAGCAGCACAGGACACGGGGUGGGGAGGGAGCGCCAGCCGGGCCUGCUCAGCACGCAGCCCUCCCACCAGCUGCACUUGGCUCCACGGGAGUGCAGCCCAGAUCGCUACAGUCGAGUUGCCUGGACCCAGAGUCGCAGUCCCAGGGAAGAAAGUUUAGGGCUCUUUUCAUUUGUAGUAGUGCUGAUCAGGUACCAGCGAGGAGCGUGGGUGGAUGGUUCAGUGCAGCGGGGUGGGUGCGUGUCUCUGGUGAGCGAGCGCGCGCGUGCCCAUGGACGUGUCAGUGCAGUGUGGGGUUGGGCUCGGUGCACAGUGGGCGACAAGUGGGCAUCUGCAGCAUGGGGAAGAGAGCACGUGUCAGCGCAGCGGGGGGUGAGCGUGCGUCAGUGCAGCCUGGGGGGGCGUCAGUGCAGCACAGGGGAGGAGGGGGGUUAUCAGUGCAGCGGGUGGCGCAUUCACACUUCAGCUGUGUACUCGGCCAGUGCCCAGAGUGCCAUGCCCUGUGUUAAGCAGGUUUGUCAGUGUUCAGGCAGCGCAGAGAGGUGCUGGGUGCCCAGACUAGUCCAGCUGUGGGGUGAACAGGAGUCACCGGCUAAGAAUCUGUUCUGCCCCCUCCGGGUGCUCUCCUGCUAGAGGUUUUCCCCUCAGGCUCCCAGUGCCCCUGCCAGCCCUGUCUCUUCUGCCUCCUUUCCACUCAUCUUCCUCAGACCCGCUGCACUGGCAGCUGCCACCCCCCCGCCCCGCCUUCCCUGCUGGCAGGGGGCAUGGGUUGCCAUGGCUCAGGCUAACCCCAGUUUGUCACAAACAAGGCCCUUGGGUGGGCUCUCCCUCUGAGUCCUGUGAGCGUUCUGCCCCCUGCUCCACCUGCAGGGUUGACCGGCUGCGUGGCCAUUCCUCCCUGCACAGACCUAGGGCCCCCCACGUUUGCAUAGGUGGCAGUGCAUGCGUGCGAGCACUGGCGGGGGCGUGCUAGGCCUGCUCUCGGCACCGCACGUGGGGCUGGGGGGACUGGAAGCUCUUCCAACGCUGGAUGGAGUUGAGUCUCCUCCGGAGGCUGGCCAGUCUGUGCAGAUGGGGGGUGGGUCUGCUCUGGGCUAGGGAAGCAGCCGGUGGCGGCACCUGCAUCUCUGCCCGGCUGCUGCAGGGGCCUCUGCCUUGGGCGCGCCAAACUCCAGUUCAUUUGGUGGGUUUUUAAUUUCGGAUUUCUGAGCUGUGAGGGGCGUGGGAGGUGAGAGCAUGGAGCAGUGGGUCUGAUGCGGCUGGGCGCAUCCCCCUGCCUCUGGGCGGGAGGGAGCCGGGGUGUGUGUGCUGUGAACCCCCCCACCCCAUGGACGUAGGCAGUGGCUGUAGGACUGUUCGUGCUUUGCCAGGCUCCAUUAGCCGAACUGGUCCUUGCCCUCCCCCUCAGCUGGCCUUGCUGAUGUGCUGUAAGGACCGCUCCCUGGCCUACGGGCAGCAUGGUGCUGCUGCACAGCCCAGGGGCUGCCGCCAGGGGCUGAUCUCCAGGAGUUAGCAGCCACUCGAAGCGGAUCCCAGCCGGCCUAUUCCACCCCUCGAGGCAUGGGAGGUCCCCCAGCAGAGCAGGGGCUGGCUCGCUCCCCGCUGUUGGCUCACCCCCAGCCUGGCCCAGAGCCGCUGGGCGUUCUGGCUCUGCGCUGUGCAGUGUCUGGCGAGCUGUGUGCGUGGUGCCCGUGUCGCCGUUGUCCCGGGCUGUGCGCCGCCCGCGGGCGCUGUACAUACUGUAAAAAGGAAUUGUUUGAAA